AUGAGUCUAAAGCAGAGGAUAACGAAUCUGAAUCAGAGAACAAAGAAUCCGAGGGAUAACGAGUCUAUUGAGUCUAAUGAAUCUGAAUCAGAGAAUAAUGAGUCUAAAGCAGAGGAUAACGAAUCUGAAUCAGAGAACAAAGAAUCCGAGUCAGAGAAAAAUAAGUCUGAAUCAGAGUCUAAUAAAUCUGAAUCAGAGGAUAACGAAUCUAUUGAAUCUAAUGAAUCUGAAUCAGAGAAUAAUGAGUCUAAAGCAGAGGAUAACGAAUCUGAAUCAGAGAACAAAGAAUCCGAGUCAGAGAAUAAUAAGUCUGAAUCAGAGUCUAAUAAAUCUGAAUCAGAGGAUAACGAAUCUAUUGAAUCUGAAUCAGAGAAUAAUGAGUCUAAAGCAGAGGAUAACGAAUCUGAAUCAGAGAACAAAGAAUCCGAGUCAGAGAAUAAUAAGUCUGAAUCAGAGUCUAAUACAUCUGAAUCAGGGGAUAACGAGUCUAUUGAGUCUAAUGAAUCUGAAUCAGAGAAUAAUGAGUCUAAAGCAGAGGAUAACGAAUCUGAAUCAGAGAACAAAGAAUCCGAGUCAGAGAAAAAUAAGUCUGAAUCAGAGUCUAAUAAAUCUGAAUCAGAGGAUAACGAAUCUAUUGAAUCUAAUGAAUCUGAAUCAGAGAAUAAUGAGUCUAAAGCAGAGGAUAACGAAUCUGAAUCAGAGAACAAAGAAUCCGAGUCAGAGAAAAAUAAGUCUGAAUCAGAGUCUAAUAAAUCUGAAUCAGAGGAUAACGAAUCUAUUGAAUCUAAUGAAUCUGAAUCAGAGAAUAAUGAGUCUAAAGCAGAGGAUAACGAAUCUGAAUCAGAGAACAAAGAAUCCGAGUCAGAGAAUAAUAAGUCUGAAUCAGAGUCUAAUGCAUCUGAAUCAGGGGAUAACGAGUCUAUUGAGUCUAAUGAAUCUGAAUCAGAGAAUAAUGAGUCUAAAGCAGAGGAUAACGAAUCUGAAUCAGAGAACAAAGAAUCCGAGUCAGAGAAUAAUAAGUCUGAAUCAGAGUCUAAUGAAUCUGAAUCAGAGGAUAACGAAUCUAUUGAAUCUAAUGAAUCUGAAUCAGAGAAUAAUGAGUCUAAAGCAGAGGAUAACGAAUCUGAAUCAGAGGACAAAGAAUUCGAGUCAGAGAAUAGUAAGUCUGAAUCAGAGUCUAAUGAAUCUGAAUCAGAGGAUAACGAAUCUAUUGAAUCUAAUGAAUCUGAAUCAGAGAAUAAUGAGUCUAAAGCAGAGGAUAACGAAUCUGAAUCAGAGGACAAAGAAUCCGAUUCAGAGAAUAAUAAGUCUGAAUCAGAGUCUAAUGAAGCUGAAUCAGAGGAUAACGAAUCUAUUGAAUCUAAUGAAUCUGAAUCAGAGAAUAAUGAGUCUAAAGCAGAGGAUAACGAAUCUGAAUCAGAGAACAAAGAAUCCGAGUCAGAGAAUAAUAAGUCUGAAUCAGAGUCUAAUGAAUCUGAAUCAGAGAAUAAUGAGUCUAAAGCAGAGGAUAACGAAUCUGAAUCAGAGAAUAAAGAUAACGAAUCUAUUGAAUCUAAUGAAUCUGAAUCAGAGAAUAAUGAGUCUAAAGCAGAGGAUAACGAAUCUGAAUCAGAGAACAAAGAAUCCGAUUCAGAGAAAAAUAAGUCUGAAUCAGAGUCUAAUAAAUCUGAAUCAGAGAAUAAUGAAUCUAUUGAAUCUAAUGAAUCUGAAUCAGAGAAUAAUGAGUCUAAAGCAGAGGAUAACGAAUCUGAAUCAGAGAACAAAGAAUCCGAUUCAGAGAAUAAUAAGUCUGAAUCAGAGUCUAAUGAAUCUGAAUCAGAGGAUAACGAAUCUAUUGAAUCUAAUGAAUCUGAAUCAGAGAAUAAUGAGUCUAAAGCAGAGGAUAACGAAUCUGAAUCAGAGAACAAAGAAUCCGAGUCAGAGAAUAAUAAGUCUGAAUCAGAGUCUAAUAAAUCUGAAUCAGAGAAUAAUGAAUCUAUUGAAUCUAAUGAAUCUGAAUCAGAGAAUAAUGAGUCUAAAGCAGAGGAUAACGAAUCUGAAUCAGAGAACAAAGAAUCCGAUUCAGAGAAUAAUAAGUCUGAAUCAGGGUCUAAUGAAUCUGAAUCAGAGGAUAACGAAUCUAUUGAAUCUAAUGAAUCUGAAUCAGAGAAUAAUGAGUCUAAAGCAGAGGAUAACGAAUCUGAAUCAGAGAACAAAGAAUCCGAGUCAGAGAAUAAUAAGUCUGAAUCAGAGUCUAAUAAAUCUGAAUCAGAGAAUAAUGAAUCUAUUGAAUCUAAUGAAUCUGAAUCAGAGAAUAAUGAGUCUAAAGCAGAAGAUAACGAAUCUGAAUCAGAGAAUAAAUAA